AUGUCGGAGCAUCAAGCAUCAGACGCGAUCUCGUCGCGUACGAGAUCGCGUAAACGCGCACCCCCUGCCCAACAAGAAUCUGCUUCCCCCUCUAAACGUCGUCGCCUGAACGGGAAUGACGCGUCAAAUCAACAACAACAGCCCGGCCCAAGCCGCCCUCCACGUUCCAACACGAGUCGCGCUCACCGUUCUUCCAAGACUCGCGCUCAAGGACCACGCUCUCCUCCUGCAGCACCUGCUGGGAAUGCUACUUUCCGGUUGUUCCCUGCGGUCUGGGAUCAAGCGACGAGCGGUUCAGUUACCAACCACACCUCAGAUCCUGCGCUCCAGCCUGUGCCCGCUGCUCAACAUCCACCCCUUCCACUGGACCCCAACCCUCCUCUCCGCCGCGUGCAGCCUUUGCGCGCUGCUAAGAAAGAUAUCAAAACUUCUGUGUUCCUGAAAGCAACCAAGAAGAGCAUGGCUGAAAAGAAACGCGCCCCUCCUCCUCCUCCUUCAUCUCCACCUGCACCUGUUCAAGAUCACACGAGCGCCCGGACACAGCCCAUUCCCGAGUUUCUUCCUCCACCAAACGCUGCCAAAGAUGGGACCAACCACGUAAAAGCUCGAUUUGCGCCAAUUCCGCCUCCCUCGCGUGCAGGACGAUCUGGAACGCCAUCAGCUCCUCCACCCCGUACCCCCGUCCGUAGCCUUCGACCAGUACCUCAGCCCAGACGACCAGGCAAAGUUCACUUCACUCCUCCACAGGGAGACAAGGGCUUCGUCCCCCCUCCCCGCCAAGCUGGCUCUCAACGCCGCCGCGAUACCGGAGUGACACCUGCUCCUCCACCCCGUACCCCCGUCCGUGCCCUUCAACAAGUCCGAACUGGCUCUAAACGCGGCCGCGAUGACGCAGAGGAGCCCGAGGUACCAUUGCCAACAAAGCGUACACGACUGUCUGAACGCCGUCACGAUACCGGAGUGCCAUUCGCUCCUCUGCCCUGUACCCCCGUUCGUGGCUUUCAAAUCCAAACAGGCUUCAAACGCCCCCGCGAUGUCGUAGAGGAACCCGAGUCACCAUUGCCAACAAAGCGUACACGACUGUCUCCACCACUAGAGAAGUCUUCUGUACAGGCUCUCGUAAAUCCGGCACCAAAACAAACAGUUACUGAAGGAUCAGACCUGCCCAAGAGACGCAUCAACUUGAAGGAGUACGAACUCAUCAAAGAACUUGGCAGAGGCGCCUUUGGCUGCGUUUAUCAAGUUAGGCAUGGCAAAAGCGGGCGACUGUACGCCGCCAAAUCUAUACGUAUAAACAAGUUCUUGUGGCACAAGCACACCAAAAGGGAACCUGAAUUUCUGCAUGGGCUGCCUUGGAACCCCUUCGUCAUGGGAUACAUCGACUUCUAUGAGGACGGCCUCAAUUUCUACCUCAUGCUCGAAUAUGGCUCCAACGGCGACCUGUGCGAUCUCAUGGAUUCCCCUAGAUUUCAAGGUGGGAUGCCCCCGGCGAUUGCGACAUUUUUUUUUGCCAACAUCGUUUGUGGGCUGGAUUUCCUCCACAGAAACGGGAUCGUACACCGAGACAUGAAGCCCGCCAAUAUCAUUAUGAACGGGAACGGCUACCUCGCGCUGACCGAUUUUGGCCUUGCUCAGUACCAAGAUGACAAAACCGACUGGCGCUUCGGUGGUUCCAGUACGUAUAUGGCACCUGAAACCCUCAGGGAACUCGUAGUAGAGCCUGCGUGCACCGCCGUCGACUGGUGGGCCUGCGGUAUCAUUCUCUACGAGUUGAUCGCCAGGAGACACCCAUUCGGAUUCGAGGGAAACCCGGACGACCCAUGGGGAUAUUUGAGAGACCCUGACGAGGUUGCGCUGAUAGACGAUAUGGUCUGCCAUCACGAAAAAUUUCACAAGUUCACGAAGGUAGUCGUCUGGGGAAGGCAUUUGAGGAACCUCAUCGACAGGCUACUCAACAAAUCUGCGGCUCAACGGAUUGGGUUCUAUGGGGCGAUCGAAGUAAUGGAGCACCCCUGGCUUGCAAAUGUCGACUGGAAGAAGAUGAAGAAGCAGAAUUAUGUCUCGCCGUGCGUACCUGAAAGCAAACCUCCCACGGAGAAUUGGCACGAAUACAAGCGACCCGAGCAAAAAUUCAUCCCCGGUAUCCCCCUUGCAUCUCUGCCUCCUAAGACAUUCAAAUCGGACGACAACUACUUUGAUCACUACUGGCCCGGUCCACGCAGCUAGAUCGUCGUCGUCGCAGGGUUCACUACAGGAGGCACCCUCCACCCAGGUUUCAGCGAUGUAUCCCCCUCCUACCCGACGCCAUUCAACUCUCAUCUGCCAACACUCUCACAAACCAGACUGAAUCCUCCAUCAUACAUCCCCAGUCUCGAUAUACGACCAUGUCCUGGCACAGUCCAUCUACCGCGAUCGUCUGCUGUCCAGCGUAUUGCAUCUGCAAUGCCUGUGGUUCGUGUCGUGUACUUCAU